AUGGACCGCGCACCACAGGUGCCAUACCGAUGUUUGGUUCCAGCAGAUGCAGUGUCGUUCCUCAUCGGCAAAGGCGGCGCGAACAUCCGGCAAGUGGGUGAUGCCUCUGGUGCCUCCAUCUCUAUCUCCAAGGAGGGUGACACUCCCAAGACGCUAGCCGAUAAAAUCGUGACUAUAGGUGGUACCCGAGGGUCCAAGGAUGCGGCAUGCAGAGAGGUCGUUCGGAAACUGCGACAAAUGCAGGGGGUUGAAGAAAUGGAGCCGGGGGUUUUCGUUAUCAUCAUCCCGCAGGUCUCUGCGCCAGUUGUCAUUGGCUCCAAGGGGGCUCAAAUCAAGUCAAUCAUGGAACAGUCAGGUGCAGAAAUCAACGUGGGCCGGGAGGCAAUAAUUGGCAUGCCUGACCAGCCCAUUAGCGUCAACGGCACUGUCGAACAGGUAGUUUCUGCUGUUUCCGGCAUCAACAGCGUGCUCCAGGACAUGGUGGAUCGUGGGAAGCUGGAUGUUCAGAAAGACUUCCAGUUUCAAGCGGCUGCUGGUUUAGGCGCAGAGCGACCCAUGGAUGGCUACAUGCCGGCGCAGCCGGCUGCGCCUGCCCCGACGCCAGCCACGCCGGCACCGACAGCAGCAAAGGCUGAUGCGACACCGUGGAGCAACACUGCUCCAACAACGACCGCGAGUUCGGCUGGACUCAAUGGAAAUGCUGCUCGCUCGCCAGGCGAGAAGGCAAGAAGUGGCAGUGAAGAGGCCUUCAUGGCAGCACUGCAGGCAUCUGGCAUCAACAACGCCCAGCUCACAAUUCUGAUAAACAAGGACGUUGUACUCAAUGUGCUGGCACCCCAGGGCCUCAUGAGCGAAGUCGCCCAAAGGUCCGGCUCAAGAAUUGACGUCGGCGACGAAGGUCCUGCCGGCAUGCUGCAGGUCACCUUGAGCGGGGAGAUGGUCGGGAACGCGAUGGCAGCAUUGCUGCUGCAAGAAAAGGCGAUACAAUUUCAGCCGACACAUUGA